AUGGCUGAAGGAAUAGAAAUAUCAGUAGAAGCGUUGGUUAAAAAUCGCGGAUAUUUAAAGGCUAAAGUAACACGAAUUGUUAAUUGGUUUUUAGAAAAUAAUGAUAGUAUACAUGACUUUUUAGAAAUUCAGGUACGUGAAAGUAUGUUAACCCACGCUUUUAAAGAUUUUGAAGAGGUAGAAAAACAAAUUGUAGUUUUAGAUAUAAGUAAAGUAGACAAGGAUGAUGUAGAAGACAAAUACUUAACGUGUGUUGCUAAAAUGCAACGUAAAAUUUUAGAACUUUCCCCGCAAGCGCCAACUCAAGUAAGACAUAUAGUUCCCCAACACUCUCAUUCCCCAAAUGUUAGUUUGCCCCAAAUUAGCAUACCUCCAUUUAACGGAGACAUCACUAAAUGGAAUGCCUUUUUUCAACUUUUCUCUACCCUUAUUCUAGAUAAUCAAUCUCUCUCUGAUAUUCAAAGAUUAAUUUAUUUAAAAUCUUAUUUAAGAGAUGAACCCCUAAAUUUGGUCGAUAAUUUACAAUUGACCACUGACAACCUCCAAAUUGCCCUAAAUACCCUUAGACAAAGAUAUGAUAAUCAAUUAUCAAUUAUUUUUGCCCAUAUUAAAAAUUUAGUUGACAUUCCUAUCCUAAAUAAGGUAUCCUCACACACACUUAGGGAAUUUAUAGUUUGCAUAAAACAGAACUUUGAUUCACUGAAAAAUCAAAACAUUCCAGUAGACCACUGGGAUUUAAUUUUAAUUUAUAUUUUUUCUCAAAAAUUAGACUUUGGCACAAGAAAGGCAUAUAUAUCCGAGAGAGGUUCUCAAAUGCGCUCUUCCUCACAUGUGGUCCCUAAGCUUGAAGAAUUUCUAAGCUUUUUAGAAAAGCGUUGUUCGGUGUUAGAAGAUCUCUCUGAAAGCCCUUCAACUAGAAAUUAUUCCCAUGGACGUUCUUCUCAACACAACACUCCCUUUGUUAAAAAAAUUUCACACUAUGCUCAUGGUGGGCAACGCCAAGGCAACCAAGUUAUACCUCAAAGGUCUCCUCAAAACUCUCGCUCACAUUUUGUUGCAGGACAAAAGUGUCCCUUUUGUGAGCACCCUGAUCACAAAAUUUAUACUUGUUUUAAGUUUAAAGAUCUUAGUUUAAAACAGAAACAGGAUUUUGUUAAUCAUAAUAAUCUAUGUUUUAAUUGUCUCGGUUCAAGGCAUCAAGUAAAAAACUGUACAUCUCAGAGGUGCCAGAUUUGUCAUAUGAAACACCAUUCUCUUUUGCAUCCAAUGGAUGAUGCAGCACAGCCCUUGCAAAGCAGAAAUUCAGAUUGGAGGCCAAAUCCUCAAACCCAAAAUGAACGAUCUCAAAAUUUUAACAGAAAUUCGCUUCUCAUAAAUAGCUCCCAUUCUCGGAAUCAAGGUUCAAGCCAAAGCUCCUCUCAGACUCAAGAACCACAAAUCCCAAGCACAAGCAAUGAAAUUAACUCGAAUCGCCCUCACGCUAAUAAACCUGUGACUUUGUCAGUUUUCGCCACUGAAGAUAAUGAAGUUUUAUUAGGUACUUCAUUGAUUCAAAUACCCGACAAGAAUGGUCAUUUUAUUAUUGCAAAGGCAAUAUUAGAUCCCGGGAGUACUAUAUCAAUAGUAACCCAAUCGCUGGUUCAAAGACUUGAUCUCUCUCCUAAGACGCAGCCAAUACAAAUCUCUGGUAUUGGCGGCAAAAUUAAGCACUCUAAUCACGCAAUUUCCCUGAGAAUUCAUUCCUGUCACAAUCACGAUUACUUCCUGAAUGUUAACUGCUGUGUAUUAGACAAAAUCACAGAAAAAUCCCCUCACUUUAAAGUCAACAAAUUUAUGUUGAACCUUCCCAAUAAUACACCGCUUGCAGACCCCUACUUUGAUACGCCUUCUACAAUAGAUUUAUUGUUGGGAGCAGAUGUAUACUACCACAUUCUUUCAGGCGAAUACACCAAGGUUAACAAGGACUCUUUAACGUUGGUAGGUACUUACUUUGGCCACAUUCUUUCAGGAUUAAUCCCCUUCCAAGCUCUCGUUCACAAAACCCCUUUGGCAAAUUCUAAGAAUUGCUUUUUAGUGCAAUCAUUAAAUUCAGAUUGCUCACUGGACUCAUUAAUUGAGAAAUUUUGGUUACUAGAAGAUAUCUCGCCCACUCACGAAAAACCCCUAUCCCCUGAAGAUUCUAUGGUUGAACAGAAUUUUCAAAAUACCACGGUAUUUAAAGAUGGUCAUUUUCAAGUCGACUUACCCCUUAAAAGGCCCCAAGAGUCACAUCCGCUAGGAGAGUCAUAUUCAUUAGCCAAGAAAAGGUUUCACCACUUAGAAAAGCGUUUUCAAAAAUCUCCUGACCUUUUUCUUGAAUUCAAAAAAUUUAUCGGUGAAUAUAUCUUACUCAAUCAUGCACGAAUUAUUCCCCUUUCCCUUAAAACUGAAAAUCACAAAAAUCGAUACUUUCUGCCUCACCACUGUGUAAUUCGUGAGGACAGUACAAGCACUAAACUUCGUGUAGUGUUUGACGGAUCUAUGAAAACGUCUUCUGGGCUAUCACUUAAUGACGUAAUGCAUAAAGGAUAUACAGUUCAACCUGAACUGUUUGAUAUUUUACUUAGGUUUCGAAGUUUUAAAUUCGCUCUCACUUCUGAUAUCGAAAAAAUGUAUAGACAGGUGCGCGUUAACCCAAAUCAAACUUACCUGCAAAAUAUUUUAUGGCGCGACCAUCCCUCUCAGCCAAUGCAAUGCAUUGAAUUACUCACCGUCACUUAUGGCACGAACUGUGCCCCCUAUUUGGCUACACGCACCCUGAAUGAACUUGCCAUUAUUCAUAAAGACGAUUAUCCUCUUGCGUCUCAAGCUAUUUUAUCUCAAUGUUACGUGGACGAUGUUCUCUGUGGGCAAGAUACCUAUGAAAAUUUGGUAGAAUUACAUAGGCAGCUAUUGGAACUUUGCAAGAUUGGAAAUUUUCACUUACAUAAAUGGUGUUCAAAUAGCAAUUUAUUUUUGUCUAAAACUUGUGAUAAUGGGUCCCAAGAAAGUUUCACCAUAGAAACCGAGGGAAUUUCAAAUAAAGUCCUUGGUGUAGGCUGGAAUCCCGACUCAGAUGAGUUUUUUAUCUCUUUACCUGACACUAGGUCCGAAAGCAUAAUUACUAAACGUAUAGUUUUAUCUAAAAUUGCGCAAAUGUACGACCCCUUAGGAUUCAUAGCUCCCAUUGUUGUAAAUGCUAAAUUAAUUAUGCAAAACAUUUGGAAAGAAAAAAUUAAUUGGGAUGAACCCCUGAAAGAACCCAUUUUAACCCAAUGGACCACCUUUAUUAAAGAUCUUCCCCAACUAAUGUGUUUAAAAAUUCCACGUUUUUUCCUAGCUAAUAAUAAUCCCAGUUCACUUCAAAUUCAUGGAUUUUCAGAUGCCAGCAGGAAGGCAUAUGGUGCGUGUGUGUAUAUAAGAGCCCUUUAUCCUAACAAAAAUGUCUCUUGUCAACUUAUUACUGCCAAAAGUAGAGUAGCCCCGAUAAGAGAAAUUACAAUUCCCCGCAUGGAACUCUGUGGAGCACUUUUACUUUCCAAUUUAGUCACUCGUGUGUGUUCCAUAUUAAAAGAAAGAUUUUCAGUUGACAACAUUAAUCUUUGGACUGACUCUGAGAUUGUACUUGCUUGGUUAAAUGCCCACCCUUCUCGUUUCAAUGUGUUUGUAGCAAACCGCAUUUCUCAAAUUCAGGUUUUAUCCCAAGACUGCAAAUGGCGUCAUAUUCCAACUGCGGAUAAUCCAGCUGAUCAUCUUUCUCGCGGAUUUACCGCAGACCAGAUUCUCACCUCUACGCUUUGGUGGAACGGCCCAAAGUUCUUACUGGACCCGAAUUUAAAUUUAAAAAUGUAUGAAAAGGGACCUUGCUCCACUGAAGAAGAAGCAAGAAAAGCAAAAACGGUCUUGCUUGUUAACUCCGAAGAUUUCUGGAUAACACUUUUUAAUCGGUUUUCUAACUUCUCGCGAUUGCAACGAACUAUUGCAUUUAUACAUAGAUUUGUAAAUAAUUGUAAAGGUAAUGGUAAAAAAUUUUAUGGUGCUUUAGCUGUAACUGAAUUAAAGGCUGCAGAAAUUUUUAUAGUAAAGCAAGUUCAACACCAAACGUUUUCAAAGGAAAUCAGUGAACUAAAGUCAGAAGAAAGAAAAAUUUCAAACAAGCAAGUCCUUAGGUUAAACCCCUUUAUCGAUACCUCCAAUCUCAUAAGGGUUGGAGGCAGAUUAUCCCAAGCACCCAUAUCAUUUGAUCAAAAAUUUCCAAUUUUAUUGCCCUCAAAAAACCAUGUUGUUGGACUCUUGCUAAAAAAAGAACACAUUAGGUUAGGACAUGCUGCACAAAUUGAGGCUAUUUUAAACUCCAGGCCACUUCUUCCCCUAUCAGCUGAUCCACUGGACUUAACUUGUCUUACCCCUGGACAUUUUUUAGUUGGAAGUCCUCUCGUUUCGUACCCUGAGCCCAAUGUCUCGUCAAUUCCUGAAAACCGCUUAGAUCGUUGGCAAAGGUUAAGUCAGAUUCAACAAUUCUUUUGGACUAGAUGGACCAAAGAGUAUCUCAACAAUCCUCAGAAUAGGCCUAAAUGGAUGUCCCCAGUCCCCAAUAUUGAAACAAAUGACCUUGUUCUUCUUAAAGAUGAGAACACCAAACCUCUUGAUUGGCCGUUGGCCAGAGUAGUAAACACUUUACCUAAUAAAGAUGAUGUCGAAAUGAAACAUCCGCAGUUCUAUAUAUGGGACGAAACACAGGCUGGUCGGGGAUCUGAGGAAAUAAGUUCAGCCUUAACCAACUUCUUGCAGAAUAUUCAGUUGGAUGAUACCAUUAACACCAUUCGCCUCUUUGCAGAUGGUUAUAGUGGUCAAAAUAACCAACAUGUUAUGCACGCUCUUGCCUAUUGGUUGCUUAAGGAGUCUCCGCAAUACGGCUCUGUUUUGGUGGAGGAGAACCGAGCAGAAAACAACCAUAUCGAGACUGAGCAGGCUAUAGAGACUCAACAAACUCCCAGUGCUGCAGCAUAG